GUUUUAUCUGUUUUUUUUUUCUAUUCGUUGGAUACGGUCUUAUCACAUUUUAAUGUCAAGCUUUGAUGGUGAUGCUCAAUGAAUGGCAUUUUAAAAUGUCGGCAUACCAUUGGAAGGAAAAUACCGGAAAACAACAAGGCAACAUCCUGUGCGGAAUAUAACAUACACCUACACACAUACUCGUACACUCAUAAACAAAUAUGCAUGGGUGUGAGAGUGCAAGGGAAACGUCACAAAAUAAAUUUUUCGAAAGCGUAGUAGUAAUUUCCCCAAAGGGUCACCGAAGAUGACGACGAUGAUGAUGAGGAGGAUGAUGAUGGUGAUCAUGACAAAGUCGAAGGGUUGCAAGUGCCACCUCCACCCUUCAGGGUAUCACAUGUUGAGGUAGCAACAAAGUAUGACGCUCCAUGGAAAUCAGUUGCUGCGUAAAAGAAAACCUUUGCUUGAAGUCAUAUUUGCCACCACAUCAAAGAUGAAAUCUAGUGCCAUCCUUACUCAAGCCUUGCUACUGCUGCUUUUUUGCUCCAUCUGUAAGGGAGGAUUUAAGAAUAGGAACCUCGAUUACCUCUUGACAAAAUCUGGGAUUCGUAAGGCCGACUUCAACUUGAGGGCUGCUAAUGAUGGCAACAUUCUGGUCACCAAUUGGGAUGAUGGGGCUCGAAAAUUGAUUGUGCUGGCACGAAGGGCCUUUCUCAAAUACUCUGACCACAAAUGGCAACAUUUGUAUAUUAACAAUUGGAAGAGGGGUAAAAUACAAAGGUCUCGUUUAGCUAGAGAAUUUCCUUGCUCAUUGAAUGGUACCAAAUCUGCUGAAAUUCCCACGAAUGUUAACUCUCUAAGACCAGGAGAUAUUGAUGUAAUAGCAGCUAUAGGUGAUUCCCUAUCGGCAGGCAAUGGCAUGCUCUCUAAGACCUUUAUUAACUUGCUGGCUGAAUUUCGUGGCAUGGCCUUUUCGGGUGGUGGCAUGGCCGAUUGGAGAAGCACCUUAACUUUACCAAAUAUCUUGAAAAUGUUCAAUCCCAACUUGUAUGGCUUUGCUACGGCCAAUGUUUUGGCAAUAGAUAGAGAGGCCCAUUUCAAUAUCGCCGAGCCUAUGAUAAUGUCACGUGAUUUAUUGUAUCAAGUGCAGGUGUUCAUACAACGCCUUAAGACAGAUCCUCGAGUUGAUAUGAAAAGGCAUUGGAAGCUAUUGACCAUCUUUGUGGGUAAUUUGGAUGUAUGCUUUGAGCUUUGUCGCAACUCUGAUUUAUGGUCUAAACUAAGGCAACACGAAGUGGAUUUGUUGGAUGCCUUCACCUUGUUGCGAGAUACCGUUCCCCGCCUAGUGGUGAAUUUAAUGCCUGCUCCCAAUAUGGUCACCACUUUGGGUCAAAUGAGGAAUGUGCCUUUGCCUUGUCAAGCCGUUCACAGCUUUGGUUGCCGCUGUGUCUUCAGUGAAUCCUAUAAUGAAACUCAUUUACGCCUGGCAUCGGAGUAUUUUACUCGUUGGCAGGCAAUUGAUGAAUACGUGGCAGGUUUGCCUGCCUUUCAGACGGACGAUUUUGCAAUUCUCUACCAACCGUUGACCGCAAAUGCUAUUUUGCCCAGAAUGGGGAAUGGUGAUAUUGAUUUGAGAUUUUUUUCCAGCGAUUGUUUUCACUUUAGCCAAUUGGGUCAUGCUGCUAUGGCCAAUGGCCUGUGGAAUAAUAUGCUUCAAGCACCUGGACAAAAGGAGUCCGUCAUCAGAGAACCAUUUGAUUGGUUUGUGUGUCCUACGGCGGAGAGACCCUUUAUAGCAACAUUAAAAAAUAGUAUUACAUAUUAA